UGGUCUUUACCCUCAGCCAGAAAGUGCUUAUAAAAUCCCGCUUUUGUUAUAGUUUGAAUCAUUUUGAUGAAAACUGUUGGGGCCUGUAGAUCUGCAUUCGUUUUUAUUUUGUAGGGGUUUUUUUUUACUUUUUUGAUUUCUUCAGGAUAGAGGAUGCCUGAAGUUCUGAAUCCAACUUUACUCGAGGAAGUGGAUUUUAAAGAGUUCUGUUUUCCUGAUUCAAAUGUCUCUUGUUUGAAGGCUUCUUACCACAUCGCAACUCAAACAACGCUCUAUUUAUUCCUGCUUUUAACGACAGCUAUUAACAUUCUAGGAAAUGCUGUGGUCAUCAUCUCCAUUGCUCAUUUCAAACAACUUCACACACCUACAAACAUGUUAGUGAUGUCUCUGGCAGUAGCAGAUCUGAUUCUGGGAGUUAUUGUCAUGCCAUUCAGCAUAAUUAGGUCUGUAGAUGGUUGCUGGUACUUUGGUAAAGAAUUCUGCCUUUGGCAUUCUAGUUUUGAUGUUUUCCUCACAACUGCGUCAGUCUUCCACUUGAUUUGUGUCGCUAUAGAUCGAUAUCAAGCUGUGAGCUAUCCACUUCGGUACUCUACAAGAGUAACUAUGCGUGUUGCAUGGCUUAUGGUAGCGAUAAGUUGGAUUGCAGCUGCAUUGUAUUCCUUCGGUGUCCUGUUAUCAAAAGUGAAUGUGGAGGGUUUAGAUGAAUACAUUGCAUCUACAGAAUGUCUGGGAUACUGCAACAUUUUGUUCAAUGCAGUGUGGUCUGUUUUGGAUACAUGUAUAUGUUUUCUGUUGCCUUGUUCUGUCAUGGUUUUUCUUUACGCAAGAAUUUUCCUCAUUUCAAGAAAGCAUGCAAGAAAAAUCGAUGGUGUGAAGCAGGGCAAAAAUGAUAUAACCAAAUUCUCACAAAAAGUAAAACGUGAGAACAAAGCAGCAAAAACACUUGGUAUUGUUGUGGGUGCAUUUAACUUAUGCUGGAUGCCUUUUUACAUAAACUCUCUUCUCGAUCCUUACAUUAACUUUUCUACCCCACUAGUCCUUUUUGAUAUUUUUGUCUGGCUAGGUUAUAUUAAUUCAACUUUAAAUCCCAUCAUAUAUGGCCUAUUUUAUCCAUGGUUCAGGAAAACACUGUAUCUCAUGGUUACACUAAAAAUAUUUGCACCAAAUUCUUCUGACAUAAAAGUGUUUGCAGCUUGA